GGGCGCGGCGUCCAGGCGGCGGCGGCGGCAACGGCGGCGGCUCCUCAGUGUCCGGCUCUAGCUCCGGCUGCAGCUCCGGCUCGCGAUGCCCCACUCCGUGACCCUGCGCGGCCCUUCGCCCUGGGGCUUCCGCCUGGUGGGCGGCCGGGACUUCAGCGUACCCCUCACCAUCUCGCGGGUCCAUGCUGGCAGCAAGGCUGCCCAGGCUGCCCUGUGCCCUGGAGACCUGAUCCAGGCCAUCAAUGGUGAGAGCACAGAGCUCAUGACACACCUGGAGGCGCAGAACCGCAUCAAGGGCUGCCAUGACCACCUCACCCUCUCCGUGAGCAGGCCUGAAGGCAGGAGCUGGCCCAGUACCCCAGAGGAGAACAAGGCUCAGGCACACAGGAUCCACAUUGACCCCGAGGCCCAGGAUGGCAGUCCAGCGACCAGCAGGAGGCCUUCAGCUGCUGGGACUGGGCCAGAAGAUGGCAGGUCAGGCCUGGGAUCUCCUUACGGACAGUCGCCUCGCCUCCCAGCCCCACACAAUGGCAGCAGCAGUGAGGCUCCUAUGCUGGCCCAGAUGAGCACCCUGCAUGUGUCUCCACCCCACAGCAUUGACCCAGCCAGAGGCCUUCAGCGGAGCCGCGACUGUGGAGUCGACCUGGGCUCAGAGGUGUACAGGAUGCUCCAGGAGCCGGCUGAGCCCAUGGCUGCGGAGCCCAAGCAGUCAGGCUCCUUCCGCUACUUGCAGGGCAUGUUAGAGGCAGGCGAGAGCGGGGAACGGCCGGGCCCUGCCGGCCCCCGGAACCUCAAGCCCCCCGCUAGCAAGCUGGGCGCUCCGCUGAGCGGCCUGCAGGGGCUGCCCGAGUGCACGCGCUGCGGCCACGGCAUCGUGGGGACCAUUGUCAAGGCGCGAGACAAGCUCUACCACCCCGAGUGUUUCAUGUGCAGCGACUGCGGCCUGAACCUCAAGCAGCGCGGUUACUUCUUUCUGGACGAGCGGCUCUACUGCGAGAGCCACGCCAAGGCGCGCGUGAAGCCACCCGAGGGCUACGACGUGGUGGCAGUGUACCCCAAUGCCAAAGUGGAACUCGUCUGAGCCGCUGUCGAAACCGCCAGUCCCCAACUCUGCUUCUUUUAAUGUCCCCACGAGGCCAGUGUAAAUAUGUGUGUGCCCUGCCUUUCUAAUAAAUUCCCGAUGCCCAUCCUGA